AUGAGUGUUCUUUACACGGCGGGUACGCUCAAUCGAUAUACUGACUCAGCUCGACAGUUGCAUUAUUUCAUAGAUGAAUCCCCCUUUGCUGUAUCAGGUUCUUUACUUGCAACCCACAGUCUCCUAUACCCACAGAUAUGUAAUUUGGAGGCCGCAAAAUACGGCUGCAUUCUAUCGUCUCAGUUUCCAGCUCAGGAAAGGUUGCUGAACGUAUCAAUAAACAUGAACGCUGUAGACUUCGGGUCAAAAUCGAAUCACUGUCUGUAUCGUAUUUGCAAACUUAUAUUUUGGGGACUGUAG